CUCGUGAUUCCCUCUCUGGCCCUGGUGGCUACUAGCCGGGCUAUUGUCGUGCUGGGACAACUCAUUGAACCUCGGUCAUUUUAAAAGACAUUAUCACCGGCUUUUCUCGCCUUUUUCGUAAAGUAAUCGACCGAAAGUGACGUUUUCCCCGUCCCUUUUUGAAGGACUACCCGAGGGGUCCUUACAAACGACUUGGAGCUGCUGGCGGAGGAGUUAGUACUCAGCAUGGGAUGUACAACUCCGAUUUAAUUGUGCGUCUCCUCUCAUUUGGAGCGUGAAAAUAACAAAAAGAAGGACAACAAGACGCAUGUAGCUGGAGUACGACGCUGCUUAGGUCGCUUGGAAAGAGACAUUCUAAGUGAAUUCCUUCCCUCGUGUGCCCUUCAGGCUUGACGAUGGGUUGCGUCCGGAGCAAAGAGGACAAAGGCCCGGAGCUGAAGUACCGGCCGGAUAACGCCAACAAUGCUCCGGUCAACGCCCACCUGGGCCACUACGGUCCCGAGCCCUCACUGAUGGGCCAGUCGCCGGCGGCAAAGACGCUCAACAACAGCCACGCCUCCGCACUCACCCCAUUUGGCGGCGCGUCGUCCGCUAUGACGCCCUUCGGCGGCGCCUCGACAUCCUUCACGUCGGCGGCUGUGAGCAGUCCCUUCCCGGGUAUCGUCACAGGCGGCGUCACAUUCUUCGUGGCGCUGUACGACUACGAAGCCAGAACGUCAGACGAUUUGUCGUUCAAAAAAGGCGAUCGCUUCCAAAUUGUCAACAACACGGAAGGCGACUGGUGGGAGGCUCGUUCCAUCAACACGGGACAGAAGGGUUACAUCCCCAGCAACUACGUGGCCCCUGCCGACUCCAUACAAGCCGAAGAAUGGUAUUUUGGCAAAAUGGGCCGCAAAGACGCCGAGCGGCUUUUAUUACUUCCGGGCAACCAGCGAGGUACUUUCUUGGCACGAGAGAGUGAAACAACCAAAGGUGCCUACUCUCUAUCGAUCCGUGACUGGGAUGAAGUCAAAGGCGACAAUGUGAAACACUACAAAAUCCGGAAGCUCGACAGCGGCGGCUAUUACAUCACCACUCGGGCUCAAUUCGAUACGCUGCAGAAGUUGGUGAAGCACUACACAGAGCACGCCGACGGUUUGUGCUACAGGCUGACGACAGUGUGCCCCACGGUCAAGCCGCAGACUCAGGGACUGGCCAAGGACGCAUGGGAGAUCCCCAGAGACUCCCUGCGACUGGAAGUCAAGCUGGGCCAGGGCUGCUUCGGAGAAGUCUGGACGGGCACGUGGAACGGCACCACCAAGGUGGCUAUCAAGACCCUGAAACCAGGCACCAUGUCCCCGGAGGCCUUCCUGCAGGAGGCCCAGAUCAUGAAGAAGCUGCGGCACGACAAGCUGGUGCCGCUCUAUGCCGUGGUGUCCGAAGAGCCCAUCUACAUCGUCACUGAGUUCAUGGGCAAAGGGAGCCUGCUGGACUUCUUGAAGGAGGGAGAUGGCAAACACCUGAAGUUGCCCCAGCUGGUGGACAUGGCCGCACAGAUUGCCGACGGCAUGGCCUUCAUCGAGCGGAUGAACUACAUCCACAGGGACCUGCGCGCCGCCAACAUUUUGGUCGCUGACAACCUGGUGUGCAAGAUCGCCGACUUUGGGUUGGCUCGUCUCAUCGAGGACAACGAGUACACGGCCAGGCAAGGCGCCAAAUUCCCCAUCAAGUGGACGGCGCCGGAAGCGGCUCUUUACGGCCGCUUUACCAUCAAGUCAGACGUGUGGUCCUUUGGUAUACUACUGACUGAACUGGUCACCAAAGGUCGAGUGCCCUAUCCAGGGAUGGUGAACCGAGAGGUGCUGGAGCAGGUGGAGCGCGGCUACCGCAUGCCUUGUCCCCAGGGCUGCCCCGACUCACUGCACGAAAUGAUGCGCCACUGCUGGAAGAAGGAGCCAGACGAGCGGCCCACCUUCGAGUACAUCCAGUCCUUCCUGGAGGACUACUUCACGGCCACGGAGCCCCAGUACCAGCCGGGGGACAACCUGUAGACUCGCAAGACCUCGCCUCGGUACAAAACAGACUGGCCAAGACACUGUGAUCAAUACCAGAGUAGUUAGUCCUCAUUUCACAUUGAUGGCUAUACUUGCAAGAUGCAAUGAUGACUUUUAACCUUUUUUUUUUUUUACGCAAUGACUCUUUCACAGAUUUUUCCUCUUUUUUGUUUUUUUUAAAUUGUAUUUUGCAGAAACAGUUCUUUGAUGUUGGGGAGUCGGAAUCUGUUCUGUGUGCAGUAGUUUGUUGUGAAUGACAAGUUGGGAAUCUUUAAAAAUCUUUAUUCUGAACGGUACAAAUAGGGCUUGAUGCAAGAAUGUGCAGUAUGUGCAGGAAAAAAAUAUUUUAGGGUGGAUAAAAGAUUUUUUUUUCAUUACACUCGUGCUUUUUUGUCUUGCUCACGUUUAUUUUAAUCAUGACCAAGUGCAAAAAAAUAUAGAGACCAUAUUGAUAGUUGUUUUUGUUUGAUUUCUGUCGAAUAAUCAACAUUUCUAUUUUUUAUGUUUAUAAUUUAAUACCAGCACAAAGAAAAGUUUUUUCAAUUAUUUUAUUUUCUGUGAAUUUCUCAACAUUUCAGUAAUUUUUUUUGAUAUACUUUCAUUUCAUUAAGUGAUUUCUAAUUAUGACCAAAUGUAAAAAAAGUAACAUUUCCAAUAUGUAAGACAUGUCCUCUGACCACAGAGUUCACAUUUUUGUCCGUCAGAUAUUCAAUAUUUGUCUUUUUUUUUUUUAUCAGUGUUAUUUCAUCUCUGCCCAAAUAAGAAAAACAGUAACAUUUUGCUUUAAAUGUUCAAGUUUUUCUUAAGUUGAGGUAGACAUUUUCUGUGACUUCAAGUUCUAUUUGUCAAUCACUUACACACCAGACUUAAAAUUCCAUUGUGUUCAUGAUUUUGUUUGUGCUAACUUCACCGUUCGCAAUGUUGCCCCCCACCCAACUUUUAUAUUCUUGUAGCUAACCUAUAACUGCCAGACCAGCGGCGCAUGAUGGGAAAGUUGCGUACGAAAGUAAGCGGUUCAGACAA